UCAAAAGGUGAAAUGAUGAGAUGAAAGGUGUCAACUUUUGACAAUAAGGCUAAAUCAUUGAAAAUAAGGAAUUUUCAUCAAACCUUAUCACUUUGCACGACCAUUAUUCUGAAAAACAGAGAGAAAAGAAAACCAAAAACCAUUUCUUGGCUGGUUUGAAGAAAUUCUAAGGAGAUCCAAGUGAAAGCAAAGCCAAAGAAGUAGAUUAAGCUUAGUUCUAGCCUUUUUAUGAUAUUUCUUGGGGUUUCCAAGUGGUUUGAGGUUUAGAAAAGCUUGAAGAGAUUGUUUUCGCCGAAAAGUUGCUCGGAUAAGCACAUCAAUACCUAAGACAUCACUUGUUACACGGUGAAAUAUAUUGUGGACAAAAGAUAUAUAAUAACACAGAUGGAUCAUGAACAUGGUAUGGGGGCUACUGAAGGCUCUUGCAGCAAUAAAUAUGAACAAGAAAUGGCUCAACUUCGAGCGGUGGUGAAUAGACAGGCUGAACAAAUUGAGAAGUUGUUAGCAGAACAACGACAAAGGCAAGCACCAACACCACCUACUGAAACUCCAACACCUCCACAAGCUCCACCUGCAGUGCACCCCAUGGAACCAUUAUAUGAACGGUUCCGAAAACAACGCCCACCAGUAUUUGAAGGUAGCACUGACCCACUUGACGCACAAGACUGGAAGAGUUCUUUAGAAGACAUCUUUGAGUUCAUGCAACUAAGUGACAGGGAAAAAGUUUCUUGUGCUGCACAUACACUUAAAAAGGAUGCUAAGAUCUGGUGGGAAGUGGUUAAGCAGACUAGAGAAGUGAAUCAGAUGACUUGGGCAGAAUUUGAACUGGUCUUCAAUGAGAAGUUUUACAAUGAAGCUGUGUUGACUGCCAAAGUAAGUGAGUUCACUAGAUUGCAACAGGGGAAUCUAUCAGUGGCUGAGUACGCCAGGACAUUUGACCGGUUAGCCAAGUUUGCACCAGACUUGGUUAACACUGAAACUAGUAGAGUGAAUCGCUUCCUGGAGGGUCUACAACCAGAAUUGGCUAGAGAUGUAGAUAUGGGACGUACAGGGCCUCUUUCUUAUGCUCAGGCUGUGGAGAAAGCUUUGAGAGCUGAACACAGAGAAGAAAAAAUAACAAAAGCUAAAGCUGCUACUAGCAUGCCUCGUAGAGACACUCCAUUCAACAAAGAACAAAGCCGCUUUCACAAUGACAACAAAAGAGGGGCCCAGAAUUUCCAAUUUAGACAAGGACAGAAUAAGAAAUUUAAAGGAGGUCAGCAAAACAGGCAACCUGGAUUCCAACAAAUGCCACGAUGUCAAACUUGUGGAAAGAAUCAUUUCGGGGAGUGCAGGCUUCUAACUAAGAGCUGCUUCAAAUGUGGCAAGGGGGAUCAUUUUAUCAAAGAUUGUCCAUUGAUGAAGAACCAACAAAUGAAGGAUGAACCUCAGAGGACAAAUGCUAGGGUGUUCACGAUUACUCAGGCUGAUGCUGAUACCAACAACUCUGUUGUGUCAGGUGAUAUUUUUGCAUCUGGUAUUCUCACUCAUGCAUUAAUAGAUUCAGGUGCCACGCAUUCAUUUGCAUCAUUGACAUAUGUAAAAAGGUUGGGUGGAUCGUGUGAAAAAUUGUCAGAAGUUUUUAGUACAAUGUUACCAUCUGGAGAGAUUCUGUAUUCUACUCAUUGGUUGAGGGGGGUUCCUAUUUGCAUUGAUGGUAGGGAAUUAUAUGCUGAUCUAAUAAUGUUAGAGAUGGCCGAUUAUGAGGUGAUUUUGGGUAUGGAUUGGCUUUCAAAGUAUAAUGCCACUAUUGAUUGUAGAAGGAAAACAGUGAUAUUUAAGCCUUCGGAGGAAGAUGAGUUUAUGUUUACUGGAGCGACAUCGAAAGGUUGCAUUCCAUUAAUUUCUGCUAUGAAGGCCAGGCGACUGUUGGAAAGUGGAUGUGUGGGUUAUCUCGCCAGUGUGGUUGACACGUAUAAGGAGCAAAAGUUAAAACCGGAAGAUGUACCAGUAGUUAGAGAUUUCUUAGAAGUAUUUCCAGAAGACUUACCGGGAUUGCCUCCAGACAGAGAAAUUGAAUUUGUGAUUGAGCUACUUCCUGGGUGUUUAAGGACUACCUUGAUAAGUUUGUAA